AUGCCUGAGAAGUUUCCAGAGCAGCUAAGGCCUUUCCUCGCGCAGCUGCAAGCCUUCCAGGCUCCAAUCCGUGUCGAGGCUGAAACAAUUCCCAAACAUCGCCAAGCAUCUCUUGACUCGACUCAGCUAAGAAUCCUGAUCAAAAGACUCAACCAGCUUUUCCCUUGUCCCACCGGAGCGCCGUGGAUCCCGUCAGACGAAUGGGCCAAGAAGAGAAAAGCCGAUGCUUCAAAGUUCCUCUCGGUGACUCCUCGCAUUGAAAAGCUAUCAAGUUGCUUGAUCAACGAGGUUUGUUUCUCCACCUUUCGAGAUAAUCCAAGUAACAGUGUGAUUUCCCUACGAGCUGGUUGUGCGCCCCAGUACGGAAUGAUUGAAGACAUAGUUGUGCAUCGGCGAAUCUUGGGAAAUGGAAACAGCACAGCCGACACUUGGCUGGUGAUUCAGCCUCUAUUACCAUGCAACUUCUCUAAUCCAUUUGCCGGGAUGAUACCGAACUUUGAACUACAAGUCGAGCUCAGGAUCCCUGAUCAGACAAACUAUAUCAUCCAUACACAGGAGGUUCUUGCUCACUGCGCGUGGAUUAAGUACAAGCCCUGUGAAAUCUUACCAAGUAUUAAGAAUGUGUGUAUUGCAUUAGUAUCUCUUGACCGUUGA